GCAGUACGGGAAAGAGAGAACCAAACCGACCACGAAGAGACCAAGCUAAUAUAAGCUUGACUAACAGCUAAACAGCAGAGACCACUCUAGCUGAAGCAGUAAACAAGCUCCUAGCUAGCUUGAUCGAGCUCUCACUGGUUAUCAGAAAUGGAGGCCCAGAUGUUCUUCCACCCCACCCCGGCCGAGCCCCUCAAGGCAGACAUGCCCACGUGCAUCCCAAGGCUUCGCGGCGGCGGCGGCAGCGGCGGUGCCCGGCGCCGGGCGCCGCGGAAACACGGCGGCGCUCCGGCACCGGCACCCCCAACGGCGUCGUCGUCAUCGUCGUCGUCGGUGAUGGACCGCGUCCGGGAGGCGCUUCUGCGGCUGGCGAUGCUGUCGGCGGUGUCGUCUUCUUCGUCUCCGGCCUGCAAGGCCGCCCGCCUGCAGCCGCAGCAGCAGCAGCCGCAGGCGGCGAGGGCGCCGUCGAGAGCGGCGUCGGUGCGCAUGAGCCCGUCUCGGACGGCGUCGGUGCGCAUGGCGAGCCCGUCGCCGGCGUACGCCGACUCGUACCGGAGCGAGGCCGUCGACGACUGCAUCGAGUUCCUCAAGCGCUCCGCGGCCGGCGGAGCCGCCAUGCCGCCCAUGCCCGCCGCCGCCCCCAUUGUUGUCGCGGAGCCAGCAGUAGUAGUAGUGAGCUCGGCGGCGCGGCCAUCUGAACCGAUGUGAUUUCUGAUUUUCUUCUUUUUGUGUGUACAUUUAAUGGAUGAGUGUUGGUAGGUUGUUGCAUGUGUGGGUGGUUGUUACAAGCAAGCAUGCAUGGAUGCAUGUGUGUGAUGUGGCCAGCGUCGUCGUGCAUGUUGGAUGUAUAUAUGCAAACAAGUUUGUGAAAAAGUUUAUACCUCA